AUGGAUAAAGGAUGGAUAUAUUUAUUUAUGGAUAUGCAUUUAUUGCCAUCAUUGCCAAUAAUUUGUUUCCUUGGUCUUAAGCAGCACAGUCAUAUUCAUUGUAGCUCAAAACCAUAUCGUUGCCAUAUUUGUAAUAAAGCAUAUACGCAAUUUUCAAAUCUUUGCCGUCAUAGGAGAAUUCACCUUGACGGUUGGCAAUGCCCAUAUUGUAAUAUAUCGUUAACAAAUCAUUCAAUAUUUAUUAAACAUAAGUCAAUCUGUGAGACACAGAUGACUGCAUUAAGUGCUUUUUAUAAGCCUAUCGCAGCACAACACUCGUUACUAACAGUACCACCGCAUUAUUGGCCAAGAUUACUUCAAAUUGCUUCAUCACAACAAGGAACGAACGUUUCUGAUUCGUCAAAUACUCUCUUUCCUAGUAAAGACGUUUAUCCAAUUGUUAUUGGUAGUGGUCAAGGGGGAAAUGGUAGUGGCGGUGGAAGUGGUGUGGAUGAUGGUGGCGGUAGUGGUAGUAAUGGCAGCGCUGCUAAUGAUAUUAUCAAUGGUAGUGGAAGUUCGGAUGAUGAUAGCACACCAAGAAGCAGCAGGCAUACAUCUAAUAUUUCACCAGCAGAAAGGAAAUAUUUCAACGAUACGAAUGAUGAUGGCUCAGUGGAAGAAAUCGAACUAAGUCCAUUAGAUUUAUCAAUGAAAUCAAAGGAUGAAGUAAAUAUUAAUGAUGAUAUAGUGGAUGAAGAAAAAGAAAAGAUUUGGUCAAAUCGUUCGAGUUCAGAAGCUGAUAUUGAAACUCGACCAAAUUCUGAACCAACAUCAAUCGAUUAUGGUGAAAAUUUUCAUCAUCGUAUUAUUGAUGAUAAGAAAAUUAAUUUAACUCCAUCAAUCAAUCCAUUUACAAGUACUGCAUUUUUGCAUAUGUUUCGAAGACCUUUUUCAUAUCCAACAAUGAUAUCAACAGCUAAUAUUGCUACUGAUAACCAUAUCGCAGUAUCGUCACCGUCACAACCUUCACAACCGCCAACAUUAUCAAUUUUAUCACGGAAUAAUCGUGAUCGUGAUCGUUAUACUUGUAAAUUUUGUGCAAAAGUAUUUCCACGUUCAGCGAAUCUUACAAGACAUUUGAGGACGCAUACUGGUGAACAACCUUAUAAGUGUCAAUAUUGUGAACGAUCAUUUUCAAUAAGUUCUAAUCUACAGCGACAUGUUCGAAAUAUUCACAAUAAAGAGAAACCAUUUAGAUGCAAUCGUUGUGAUCGUUGCUUUGGGCAACAAACGAAUCUCGAUCGUCACAUAAAAAAACACGAAUCAAACUGCUUAUCGAUAAUGCCAUCAUCAAAUCAAUCAUUGCGCCAUCAUCCUUCUGCCCCUCUCCCUCCUCCUCCUCCUCCUCCUCCUCCUCCUACCUUUCCUUCUCCUCUUUCUUCCCAUCAUCAUAAUCAUCAUCAUCAGCUUCAUCAUAAUUCCUCUACUAUACUGCGUUCAACGACUGAAUUACGCUUUUCAGCACAAAGUUUAUUUUCACAAAUAAAUUCACAACAAUCGAAACAAAUCUUUUAA